CUGAAAUCCGAGGCCACGCCCGCUUGAGCUGCUGUACCGCUCUUGUUUUCAGAAGCGACCUGCCCACAACAACAAUAACAACGAGUCUGCAGCUGUCGCUGCCUCUGCAGAAUUGGUCUCAUGGAGGAAAGGCACUCGGCGCAGCUCGGUGCAAAAAGGCAUCAAUGCGACCGGUGUGCAUACAGCACGGAUCGUCCUGAACAUUUGACACGGCACCAGAGAACUCACACAGGAGAGAAACCCUUCAAGUGCAGUGUGUGUGGGAAGGCGUUUGCACAGUCAUCUAAUCUUGUAGCACACCAGAGAACACACAUGGGAGAGAAACCCUUCAAGUGCAGUGUGUGUGGGAAGGCGUUUGCACAGUCAUCUACUCUUGUAAAACACCAGAGAACACACACGGGAGAGAAACCCUUCAAGUGCAGUGUGUGUGGGAAGGCGUUUGCACAGUCAUCUGCUCUUGUAACACACAAGAGAACACACACGGGAGAGAAACCCUUCAAGUGCAGUGUGUGUGGGAAGGCGUUUGCACGUUCAUUUGCUCUUGUAGCACACCAGAGAACACAUAUGGGAGAGAAACCCUUCAAGUGCAGUGUGUGUGGGAAGACGUUUGCACUUUCAGCUCAUCUUGUAGCACACCAGAGAACACACACGGGAGAAAAACCCUUCAAGUGCAGUGUGUGUGGGAAGGCUUUUGCACAGUCAUCUACUCUUGUAAAACACCAGAGAACACACACGGGAGAGAAACCCUUCAAGUGCAGUGUGUGUGAGAAGGCGUUUACACUUUCACGAAAUCUUCAAAGACACCAGAGAUCACGCAAGCAUCAGAAGAUCCACCAGGAGUGGAGUCUGAAAUCAGCUUGUGAAAGUCAAAGUGCCUCAAUGAGCCCAUUCCUCAUCAAACAAGAACCGGAAGAAAAUCCCAGCUUGGACACUUUUAAAGGUAUCGAGGUGAAAUGUGAAGAAGUGAUGGUGAAGAGCCAAGAAGUGAAGGUAAAAUGUGAAGAUGAAGAUUCAACUCCAAAAUGGGACCUUCACAUCGAUGGAGGCAACGUGAAGCAGGAGGAGAAUUCUGACUGUGAGGCAGAGCGAGGCAACUCCCAGCAGUUUGUGGAAGUGGAGGUGUGGGUGGACUUCCUCCGAGACAAUACAAAGUCAAAUGGAGACCCGGUAGAUGUGUAAGCCAGUGACGAUGUCGCUCCAAUAGAUGCACCUUUGUCACAGGCCUUUAAUGACAAGAAUGUGAAGUUGAACACUCAAUUGCUAGGUUCAACCUGCAGGUUAAGAGCGGCCAGUCUUUGUGGACCUGUGUGUUGGGUAGAUCUCUAACCAGGAGCGAGAGCCAAUAAGCUCCCAAGCAUUCACUAUGUUAUCAUAAUUGCAUUUAUAUUGUGCUUGCUUAAUUGCCUCGGCAAUUCGUGAGUUUUGUAUCGUUUCUCGUCUCAAACACUCGAAGAGCAUCCCAAGUAGCAGCUGCCCCUGUGUGGCACAAGGUGGUGGCCCUGCACCGGCCUGCAUGUGGACAAGAGCCUGGCAGUAGGGGGCGAUGGUUGAUGUGGCAUCUCAGUUGUGGAGUUUGUAGGUAAUGUU